AUGUUAAAUAAAAGACCAAAAAGAACUAAAUAUAGUAAAUAUCAAAAAGGUAGAAUAAAUAGUAAUUUACCAGUUAAUAAAUCUAAUUUAUUUCAAAAGAAUUUAGAAAAUAAAGAUUUUAGAUAUUUAUUAAUUGCUAUGGAACCUUUAAGAUUAACUGCUUCACAUAUUGCAGCUGGUGAAUUAGCAAUAAAAAGAGAAUUAAAUAUAAAAUUUAAAUCAUCAAAUUUAUCAAUUACGGAUAUAGAAGGUAAUAAAAUUAAUAUUAAAGGUGACUAUAAUUUACAUGUUUUUCCACAUUUACCUGUUACUAAAAAACCCGCUGAAGUUAGAAUGGGUAAAGGUAAAGGAAGUAUAGAUUAUUGAAUGACUAGAAUAAGAAUCGGUUCACCUAUUUUUGAAUUAAAAUUUAAAAAUGCUAAUAUUAAUAAUAACAAAAAUAUCCAAAUUAGAUGUUUUAAUAUAGCUAAACAAAUUUUUGAUGUUGUUAAUAGUAAAUUAGGAAUUAAAACUAAAAUUGUUAAAGUUUCUUAA